AUGUCUAUCGUUGCAGUGCUGAAGAAAUUUUUCAACGAGUACAGCAAAAGUACACCCAAGAAACUUAAAAUAAUUGAUUCGUACUUGCUGUACAUUUUACUCACCGGUGUCAUACAAUUUUUGUAUUGUUGCUUAGUUGGCACAUUUCCAUUCAACAGUUUUUUAAGUGGAUUUAUUUCAUGUGUUUCUUGCUUUGUUUUAGCAGUUUGCUUGAGACUACAAGUUAACCCGCAAAAUAAAAGUCAAUUUUAUGGAAUAAGUCCUGAACGUGGAUUUGCUGAUUUUAUUUUUGCACACAUCAUCCUCCAUCUCGUCGUAAUGAAUUUCAUUGGAUAA